AUGGCUUUUGUGUUGCUUCGAUCGGUUGAUGAGUUCCAACGGUUUUUGGUAGACUACAGAGAUAAAAGGAGUUCUAAUUUUCCUCUUAUUGGUUCACCAUGGCCUGUGCUCACGAUAGUAGCAGUUUAUUUGUACAUUGUCCUGAAAGCCGGCCCAAAGUACAUGGAGCAGCGUAAAGCAUUCAAUUUGAAAAACAUUAUUCGAGCAUACAAUGUAGUACAAGUAUUUGCAAAUGGAGCAUUUUUUAUCAAAAUUAUAUUUCUUCUAUCCCAACGCAGUAACUUCUCCUUUUCCUGCCAACCGGUGGAUUAUAGCGAAUCAAAAGAAGGUUUAGAGGAGCUAUAUUUAUCUUACGCUUACUUUAUACUAAAAGUUCUAGACUUAAUAGACACAGUAUUUUUCGUGCUACGCAAGAAGCAAUCCCAUGUAUCGUUCCUGCACGUGUAUCACCACUCCAUGAUGGUUGUGGUAUCCUACCUAGCGGUCAUUUUCGUUCCCGGUGGACACGUGGUCAUGCUAGGCAUUUGGAAUACGUUGGUUCAUGCGGUGAUGUACUUCUACUAUUACCUAUCAUCCUACGGCCGGCAGAAUACGGAAUGGUGGAAAAAACAUCUAACUCGGCUGCAGCUUCUGCAAUUCAUUCACCUGGGAAUCCACUUCGGAAUACCGGCCCUAUUCGGAGCAGAAUGUAAUUUCCCGCGGUUUUGGCAUUGGCUAGGUUUCCUGCAGGCCAUAUUCGUACUCACCAUGUUCCUGGACUUCUAUAUUAAGUCGUAUGUCACGAAAGCCCGAAAGUGCACCAAAAAGACGUAG